AUGAAGGAAAUUAAUAACGAUUUUGCUAAGGAAAACCCUGACACUCUUUUAGAAGCCCAAAAUACCCUUGCUAAAAUUGUGAAGAAAUAUGGUUCUCUUAGCACAAACAAGCCCUCAUUGAUCACUGAUAAUCGUAAUGUCAGACAAUUUCAGACUUUUAUUUUCGAUUUGAAACAAUAUCUCUAUAAGCGUAAACAUGUUUCUACUAUCACCAGCCAAUUUUUGAACAAUAAUUUUAGCCUCAACAAUGUCAAGGCUAAAUUAGAGGAAGCUAAAACCUCACUCAACAAGCUUAUUGGAUCUUUAUUGGCUGACCGUAAACGGGUCUUUGUGAAUAGAAUUAACAAUCUUAAUUCUAAACAACCGUAUUCCUAUGCCUUCAGAAAAGAACUAGUCAGUUCUUCUAUAUUCAAUGUAGUCCAAAGUAACCAUAACUCGACAAUUGUAGAUCAUUUUUCAGCCAUGUUUAAUAUAGAACAAGAAGUGGCUAAAACUCUCCCGGAAAUCAAUAAAAACAAUACUGUAGCCCAAUGGAAAUUCCAUCAUAUCACUGCCAAAGAGUUGGAUAAAGUUAUUUCUAAGACAAAAAAUUCUAUGGCUGGCUAUGAUAACAUUUCGGGCCAUUGUUGA